AGCUUUUUGUCUUAAGAGAGUUAGGUGUUCGACGCCUGCCUGCGAAAACUUUGAUAUUGUAUAAUGUUUUCACUUUUACGCCAAAGGAUCUUUGCUUUCUUCGUUAGGCGGAAUUUUUCAACUUAUGAUUCCACUUACACUAAUUUAAAUGUUGGAAAACAUACGAAACUUAUUGUACAAGGUUUUACUGGAAAACAGGGCACUUUUCACUCCGAACAAUCAAUUGAGUAUGGCACUAAUAUAGUUGGCGGUGUGGCCCCUAAGAAAGCUGACUCAACCCAUUUAAAUCGACCAGUGUUUGGAACAGUUUCGGAGGCUAUGAAAGUCACAGGGGCUAAUGCUUCUGUAGUAUUUGUACCUCCUCCUUUUGCCGCCUCCGCCCUUAUGGAAGCCAUUGAAGCUGAAAUAGACUUAGUUGUGUGCAUCACAGAGGGAAUACCCCAGAAAGACAUGAUUAAGGUAAAGCAAGCUCUUCUAAGCCAAAGCAAAACCCGUUUGCUGGGCCCCAAUUGCCCAGGAGUUAUCCGGCCUGGCGAGUGCAAGGUAGGAAUAAUGCCAGGGAGAAUACACCGAGCGGGAAAAAUUGGUAUUGUCUCUCGAAGUGGCACACUGACUUAUGAGGCGGUAAAUCAGACGACGAUGGCCGGCCUUGGACAAACUCUCUGCGUCGGUAUCGGCGGAGACCCCUUUAACGGCACUAAUUUCAUUGACUGCUUGAAGCUAUUUUUGUCGGAUGCCAACACCGAGGGAAUAAUUCUAAUCGGAGAGAUUGGGGGGUCUGCUGAAGAAGAAGCCGCAGAGUUUUUGAAGGAACACAACUUGAGUCGAGCGCAACCCAAACCGGUUGUUUCCUUUAUUGCCGGGCGUACUGCUCCACCUGGACGACGUAUGGGCCACGCGGGGGCCAUUAUCUCGGGAGGCAAAGGCGGCGCAGAAGAGAAGAUUGAGGCUCUAAAGGCAGCAGGUGUGCGCAUCUCUCAGUCUCCAGCUUAUAUUGGGAGUCUAAUGCUAGAGGCUAUUCAAAACAUCAAGCAGAAAGCAUAAAUAGUAGCUUGCGCCCAGUUAGGGGCCGUCAAAAAAAAUUAAUAAAUAGCUUUUUUAUUCC